AACUCCCCUUCCUCCUCCAAUUUUUCUCCUUUAAAGCUUCCAACUUUUUUUUCAUCCAUGGCUCUUCAACCUCCUAGGUUUUAGAAGCUCUCAGCUAAGCACAAAACACUCUUUGGGCCUCAAAUUUUUCAUAUGGGUAUCAACAAGCCUCCUGUGUUUAUGCUGUUCAUCAUCAUGGUUGUUUCCACAACAAUUGUUGAAGGAAGGACACUUUCCUUAAUAUCUGCUCCAGGGUACUCGAAGAUUUUUGCAACUCUUGGAGUUGUAUGCAAGUGUUGUGAUGGAGUUGGAGGGGCCUGCACUAGUACAUGGACUGAGUCUUGCAAUAAUCUACAGUGUUAUCCUUGGAAAUCACAUUAGCUAGUUGUUUUGUACUAUUAUAUAAAAUUAUAUAUACUCUGAAGUCUGUGUUUUGUUCUGCAUAAUGUGAACAGUUUGACUUUUUGAACAGAACUUUUGAGAAACAUUCACAAUGGUUCUUAAUUUUUUGAAGAAA